CUCCCUCUCUCUCCCUCCCUCCCUCUCUCUCUCUUCUCGGUCCUGUUUACAAGUCGCUGCCAGCGAAGCCCGCAGCUACAGCGACUUAUUCCGCACGGCAGACAGCUCACCGGGCGCGUUAAUAACCCGGCGUUAUUAACUUGGGCGCUGUUAUGCAAGUUAACGCGUUCGGGGCUCCCGGCUGCUGCGCCGCGCGCUGCCGGCGUUAAUAGUUUGCGGCUCGUCGCUGCGCUGCGGUUUUUCAAAUAAGAUGAACGGAUCGGUGAAAGUUUGCUGCGAAUAUUCACGCCAGCUGGAGACUCCCUUUGAAGGAUUUGCCGUUUCUUUGGUGGACUGCAGACGGUGGCGGGCAACUGGUCCGCGCUAGGUUUUUCCACAAGGUUGUUCCGACGAGGUCAGCGCCGAUGGUACUUAUGAGAAUUCAGAAAGGGCCUGGUUGGGAAAAGGAGUGAGUAUGGACAACCUUUCCGACUUCGGGGGCUGUCCAUCCAGCCACAGGGAAUGGGACACCAACAGCUGCGUGGACGAUUUGAUGGACGAGGAUGAGAAAGACAAGGCUAAAAGGGCGUCUCGCAACAAAUCGGAAAAGAAAAGAAGAGACCAAUUCAAUGUGCUCAUCAAGGAGCUUUGCACCAUGCUGCAGGGUCAAGGCCAUCCGCGCAAGAUGGACAAGUCCACCAUACUGCAGAGAACUAUUGACUUCCUGCAGAAACAGAAAGAGAUCACUGCGCAGCACGAAACGUGUGAUGUGAAACAGGACUGGAAGCCUUCGUUCCUCAGUAAUGAGGAGUUCACUCAGCUAAUGCUGGAGGCCCUAGAUGGUUUCUUGAUAGCAUUAACUACAGAUGGCAACAUCAUAUACGUAUCUGACAGUGUGUCUUCACUCAUUGGCCAUUUACCGUCAGAUAUGGUGGACCAAAAUAUCUUGAAUUUCCUGCCGGAGCGGGAACACGGGGAGGUGUACAAGCUGCUAUCAUCCCACAUGCUGAUGACUGACCCCAUUGCGGCUGACUUCCUUGACAGCGAGGCGCAUAUUGAAUUUUGCUGUCAUCUCGCCAGAGGUAACAUUGACCCGAAGGAGCCGCCCGUGUACGAGUACGUCAAGUUUGUCGGAGAUUUCAAGUUUCAUAACAAUGUGCCUACAUCUUCUUCCAACGGGCUUGAUUUGACGUUGCCAAGAAGCCUUCAGUCCUCGCUGGAGGAGCAGGUCUGCCUCAUUGCUACAGUACGAUCCGUCACGCCACAGUUUCUAAAGGAUUCCUGUAACAUGGAAGAUCCCUGUGAUGAAUUCACAUCCAGACACAGCCUUGAAUGGAAGUUCCUGUUUUUAGAUCACAGGGCUUCACCAAUCAUAGGCUAUUUACCCUUUGAGGUUCUAGGAACGUCAGGCUACGAUUACUAUCAUGUGGAUGACUUGGAGCUUAUAGCUCAGUGUCAUAAGCAGCUGAUGCAGUUUGGAAAGGGUAAAUCCUGCUACUAUCGCUUCCUGACCAAAGGUCAACAGUGGAUUUGGUUGCAGACUCGCUACUACAUUACUUACCACCAGUGGAACUCCAAACCCGAGUUCAUUGUCUGCACUCACACUGUUGUCAGCUACGCUGAAGUGCGAGCUGAAAGGAGGAGAGAGUUCGGCUUCGAGGAGCUGUCUCCACCUGAGGUCGCUCCCUCUUCAGUGAAGGCUCAGGAGCUGUAUUUGGACAUCUGCUCCACACUGCACCCGCCGCGGGACAGAAACAGCGGCGUGGGGUCGGUGUCCUCCCACAGCUCCCGGAAGUCCUCCCACACGGCGAUGUCGGACUCUGCAUCGAACUCCUACACGCCGUCAUGGCAGUCGGCUUCCAUUGGGACAGAGAAGACAUCCGCCAGACACCGACCGAGCAGCUCAAAGAAUUUGGCACAGAGACAGAAUUCCUUUGACCUCAAUCCCCAACUGAGCCUCCCCCUUUCUCCUGCCUGCAGUGAGCACUCCGCAUUGCAACAGCAAACGCAGCAGCAGCAGCAGCAGCCGUCGCCGGUGUUUCAGCAGCAGCAGCCUCAGCUCUGUGUAAUGAACCAGCUGAAGGAGCAGCUGGAGGAGAGGACGCGCAUUCUGCAGGCUGACAUUAAGACGCAGCAGCAGGAGCUGCACGACAUCAAGGAGAAGCUUCACCUCGCUAAUCUCCAGGUGUUGUUACAGCAGCCUAUCCAAAAUGACUCUGGCCAGGCCCAGCAGCAGCAGCAGCAGCAGCAGCAGGGAUCCGGCAGGGCGGCCCAGCGCAGGCACUCGGGCUUGACCAGGCGGCACUCGAGCCACUCCAAAGCGUCGUCCUGCGGGGGCCACAACUCAUCCCCUCGAUCACUCCUGAGAGAGAACAGCUCGCCCUCACUACAGCAGAUUGUACGGAGCGGGCAGCUGCAGUCGGUGAGCGUGCCCGUGCAGACGAACGCCAGCGUGACGAUGCCCUUCUGCGGCAACCCCAUGAUGUUCUCUCAGACCAACACAAGGUCCCUGCAGGACGCCAACCAAAGACACAUGGACGCCGAGUUCAACCAAGACGGACAACUACGCAUGCUGCUCAACCAGCCGAUGCAGACGCUGGUUCCCACAAGCAGCGUCACCGCGCAGCCUUCCCAGUGCAACAUGGGCAUCUCCCAAACCAUAUACACCUUGGAGCAGCAGAUCAUUGCCCCGUCGUUCUCCAUGCAACAGGUCAACUGCAACGCCGUCCUCGUCCCCUCCCCGGUCUUCACGUCCCCGAUAGUGAUCCCGCAGAACAGUUUCAUUGCAAACCAGUCCCAGUCAGCCUACCAAGCUCAGCCCCAGGCCCCUCAGCACUCCCUGCAGCUCCAGCAGCCCCAGCAGUUCUUUCAGAUGGCUCAAGGACUCGUACACGGCGGAUCUGCUCCAGCAUUCUUACACACCACUAACGUCCCGCAGCAAAGCACUGUGGGAUACAUCCAGCAGCAGCUAUCUCAGCAGCUGCCGCCGGCGCAUCUGCAACAAAGGCAAUACCAACAUUCCCAAAACCAGACGGGCAAUGUUUCCGACUUCCGAAAUAUGCUGACUCGGUAGCGCUGCGGACCAGUGGGGUGGGUCGCCGAGAUAUUACCGCGGUGCUGUCGGCAGCACGUCGUGGCAUUUGUCGGUGGAACGGGACGGGAAUUUGCUUUUUAGUGACCUCACUACUGCUGGGAGGCCGCCUCGAGUACAUCGCUAGGAGUGAAAACCACCAGCACAGGCGGCACACUGACCGAACGUCAUCCGCAGGACCCGAGGAGAGCCUGAGGGGGCCGGGCCUCGGUCCGCCGGCCGCACCGCGCUCAGUUGCCGAUAGCGGAGUAUCAAAGCUCUCAACAAGACACCACAUGUUUUACGUGGGUCCUUCUCAGUAUGUGUUUGCACUUUCUUCCCGCCCCCUAACAAAAUGUAGAAUAUUUAUUUUAGUUCCCCGCUUGUCAACCUGCUCUGUUUGGAUCUUCGGCUCCUCAAUGGCUCGUCUCAUGAGAAAGGGGGUUUGUGUUCACUGUGGACGCCCCGCUGGGAUGCAGGGAUGCUGGGAUGCUGGGAUGCUGGGAGGGGGGGGUUCGAAAGGGCUAUCUAGAUUUUUAAAGCCUCAAUCUGGGAAUGCCACAAACGACACUUUUUUUCACAGAGAAAGGACAGUGGAGCUUGCGAUGAGCUGCCAGAGGGGGAAACAAUUUGUGCCUUCCGCCGCGGUUCGUCCUCGGCGCGGUUUGAUGGUGGCGUCUGAUUACGGCUUUAAAAAUCCAGCUCAGGUCCACUUGGAAUACAAAGUUCUAUUUUCAUAGGUCAUAAUUUACUGUUUUUCCUCAUCAAACUCAAACAAACAGCACCCUAUAUGUGUAAUGGAUGUAUUACAAAUAUUUAUAUAUUGGAUGCUUUUUGCAACCUUCUGAUCAGUGAGUCUGCACACUUAUUGAACACAUGUAAUGAUGGUAGCUAAAAAUAUUCAUUCAACCAUAUACUGAAAAAACACAAAUGACUUAGUGUUUAUUUAUCACAUACAAUAUAUAUUUGAAACAAUAUAUGGGAAUAAGAAAGUAGUUUUGUAUUGAACGGUUUUAAUUGAUUUGAUGUGAAAGGUCACGUCUUGGUUAAGUACUACCUGGAUAUAAAACAUUGCAUUUCGACAUGGUUUUAGAAGUAAGUCACGGCAGUUCUGUCAGUGUGUCAAGAUGUUACAAACUGUCCGUAGGACUUUAUCAAUUGAACUUUAAACUCCAUCUUUAAAUUGGCGGAUAACACACAAGCGCCGCUUGUGGUCGACGAUGAGGACGUUUCAUACACACUUUGCGCAACGUCAAUAAAAAAUAAAUUUAAAAAAGAAUGUUAAUUUAUACUGCUUAAAUGUUUCACCAUGGAUGUACUGUAUAUAUAGAGAUAUAUUAUAAGCCAUUGUGUCAUGUCAAUUAUAUGGAAAAAAUGUUCAAUGUCCUCACAUUCCUCCAACCGUUAAUCCACAGUAUUUUCUUUUUUUUUUUAAAGGUAUCAGAUGUGUCCAGUGGACGCAGAGACAUGAUAGUUGAAAGGUCAUAUAUUGACCUGGAUCACAGAAAAAAGAAGUAUGACAUGAAGCUGAAAGGUCAUUUUAUUUUUUAUAUUUUUAAGUCGAAUGGGUUUCACUUAUUGUUCAUUAUCCAGAUCUGUUUUUGAUGUGUAAGGGACCCCUUAGUCUGUGUGCAUUUCUAGUUGUGCUCAGCCAGCAGCUCAAAGGUGCCAUAAAUACAUUUUAUUUUUUACUUUUACCCACGUUUUUAAUUUCAAUCACUGAGAGAAAUAUAUUAGUAUAAUUAUAUAUAAAAUAUGUUAUUUUUUACCAUUUACAACCGUUCAGUAAAAAUCCCCUCUGAGGUGGUUUUCCAUUUAAAAGCAUAAGUCAUGUUUGUCCACAAGAUAACAGUUAGAAUACGGUGAUUUGCCUUGAAAAGGUGGUCCAGAAAAAAUAAUUAUUUAAAAAGAAUAAUUUAAACCAGCUGUGCGUGAAUCAUGCUGAGAUUCAUGCUUUGCUCCAGAUUAAGUGGAUUAGGCUCUACAUUAUUUUGUGUAGUGACUGGUCAUCCAGUGUCCGCCACAUGUCUGGAUGCAGGAGGAUUUUUUGUCUAUUGUGUCUAUUGGUCCACAGACCUUAUUGUAAAUAAUCCCUCCACUUAUUUUGUAGUUCUUAACAUAUUUUUUUUCAUCCAACUUUCAGAGUGCUUUUCUUCUUCAGGGGGUUUUCAUUGAGUGUCAUUGUUUCUACGUGAUAUGUGAUUCACAUUUAACUUUUACUUUUCUGCUUUUGUAAAAUAGCAACAGACACCUUAAACGUAAGCGUGGCGAGUCCGAUCAAAAGCUUUUGUGUGUGAGGUUUGCAGGAUGUGAACCGAACAAACGGCCAUUUCUGCAGAAACAGACAUUGAAUAUAUUGUAAAAUAGAAAACGUUUGGACUAUAUAUAGUUGUUUAUUUUAUGUCUAAUAGAUAUCUAUAUAUGUUUGUUAAAAUUAAAGUAAUUUUGUAACAUAA